AUGGUUGUGGUGUGCCGCAUCGCCGCUUGGGGCGCUCUGAUUGCAGCGGUGCGCUGUAGCCUCAACACUGCCGACGAGAUCCGGCUAGGGAGGCAGGCUGUGGAGUCGUGGCGCCGCACGGCCGACAUGAGUGACGUGGGCUGGUCGCCACACGCCAGGGUGUACGGCGGCUUCGUCACCCACGUCGGCCUCUACCCGUUCGCCGCGUACAUCUUCAUCCUGAAGCAGAUCACGACACUGUCGUGCAGCGUCACGAUCGUGGCACCCAAGUGGGUGCUGUCUGCAGCCCACUGUGUCAGGGGCAUGCACUGGCAAGGUAUAAUAUUCGCUGGCGAUGUGGACUUCACGACCGACAGACUCUUCACAAAAUACAACAUCCAGAUACGGAUUGUCAGAGAAACGUUCGACUACACUCCACCAAAGCCCGACCAACUGGUUCACGACAUCGUGGUGGUCGAACUUUGGAGGGAACUCAGAAUUGAAACGGGUUAUGUCACUACCAUUCCCCUGACGGAAAACACAAGGCUACCACCAAAUUUCAAGGAAACAUGCACCAUAGUGGGCUACGGACAGCGUGGAGCAAACCUGAAGCCGAAAACGGGUCUCCAGCGAGCCGCCAGCUUCAUUACCGAACCCGGACCCACGUGUGGCCGGACUGAUGUCAAAGAGAACGGGCUGUGCACUCUGGACGUGGAGAAGAAGUCCUCGUGCAAGGGCGAUUCUGGGGGUCCCGUCUUCUGCUCGGGCCGCCACGUGCUGAUGGGCAUCAUCACGGGCGGCCGCUUCAAGAACUGCAGCAUGCAGUGGUGCGGCGCGCCGAUGUUGCACAACUACCACAUGUUCGUGGGCUACUACCGCAGCUGGAUACUGCGCAUCAUCCAGCCGCAGCUCAGUGGUGGGGGGCAGCGAGGGUCUGGCUCCGUCCCACUGCCACAGGCCAGCGCCUCACUGCUGCUUGUGCUCAGCUGCACAAUAAACACGUGUCCAGUGUUUUGA